CGAAGCCUUGGAAAAGUAAAUCCGGACAGGUUAGUGCGUCAACCAGCACCCAAAUUCUUUCUAAAAAUUGCUCUUCAAGUGUAUCAGGCUCUUCUCAACCAAAAAAACACCUAAAACCUAAAAAAGAAAACCUGAACUGGACAAAUUUGAGUAUAUACUAUAUAGAUAGAGGACUAUUCAGACAUAAGUGAAGGCACCGUAGAGAAAGUAUCCGUAGAGGGAACAGUAUCUGUAGAGCAGACAGCAUCCGUAGAAGAGAAACGAUCCUUAGAGCAAGUGAUGGCCCGGAAACUGCAGUGGUACGACUAUAAGUGGCACGAGUUGGUGGCCUUGAAUGACCGCAAAACGUUCAGCAGCGAAGUGGAGCGCCAGGAGCGUCGUCACAAACUAGAGAUGGCCCUGAGCCAUAUGAUGCCAUGGAACGAUUGCGACUUUUCGAGGAUCAAUGUCCGGUCGCCGCAUCCCCUCGAGUGCCGUUCCGCCGACGACUGGAGUCGCAUCUUGGAGGGAAACCUGGGCGCCACUGUCCGCGUCUGCAUCGGCAGGGCCACCUUCUGGUGCAUCCCGGCACUGCUCCAGCUACACUCCGGCUACUUUGCGCGUCACCCGCGUUCCGUAAGUCGUUUCCGGGAAGGCACAGAUCUUACCGCCGUUGGUUUUCGGGCCGCUUAUGAUUGGAUGAGGCAGAAGGAGCCCCUGGACGCAAACUCGCAGCCCGGCAAGCUGGUGGAACUGCUGCACACCGCCAUCCAGCUGGACAUAAGCUCACUGGAAGUCAUAUGUAAUCGCUACCUGUGCAGUUCGCAGUGCCGGGAACAGAUCGCAUUCGAUAUCUACAUGCGGGCCAGGACGUACGAGGUUCUGCGUCCCCAGUGCCAGCUGAUGCUCCAACGGAUCGGGUUCCACUUCCUGGCCAUGGUCGGGGACAGCCAAUACCUGGACCUGCCGGUAGAAGAUCUAGUGACAAUACUGCAGCAGGACAAUCUGGGGGUCAACACGGAGAUGGAGGUUCUGUACAGCAUCAUCCGCUGGAUGGCCGCCCGGCCCAUCAAACGAAGGGGAUUGCUGAGCCGCCUGUUUGAGUGCAUCCGCUUUACGCGUCUGCCCAACAAACUGCUGCGCAGGAUGUGGCACGGCUUAAUGUUCCCCGACCUUUCCAACAACCUCAAUUUUUUGACCAUUUUGAAGGACGAUCUAGAGGUUGAAGAACGCAUCAGCCAAGCCAUCACCGUGGUGGGCUUGCGCGCUAUCUACACAGACCACCACGAGUUCAAGAAAAUGUGCCGCGACUUUAGUCUGGCGGUGGAUGCUCCACGCGAGUGGCUCUACGACGAGGACUGCCCGUACCAUCGGCCCCGGCCCCGCGCACCCUACUCGCAUGUCAGCUUCAGUGCAUUUUUCAAGUAUGUGACUCUCCGGGCGGAGAAGGCAAAGGAGGCUCCCCGGGAGCUGAUCAACUUGCGGGCCACAUUGCCCUCAUCCGAAACGGAGAAGCAGGAUGGUGACGUCGACCUGGAGCAAGACAACUACGACGACUUGGACUACAUCUCGGGUGAGAUGCUCCGACUGCAGCAGGAUCCACAAGAGACAAGCAACCCUAUCAUUCCACCAAUAAUGGAGAGCGCCACCGAGCGAGAGGAGGAUCCGGAUGAUGAACAACCAGUGCCCCUUUCACCCGAAGAGUGGAACGACCAGGUAGAGUUCGAGGAGCUCGAGUCCGUGCCAGCCCAAUCGAAGAUUGAAGAGUCCCGGGAAUCCGGACAGUGCUUAUUGGUGCAUCCGGAACCGGUUCAGACUGAAGCUUCGGCUUUAGCUCAGUCUCCAGCUCCGGCUACAGUUCCUACUCAGGCCGUGUCUCUAGUCUCGUCUCCGGCUUCUACUUCAACUGCAGUUCUAUGUGGCGCUCCAAUGUUAGUUUCAGUUUUGCUUCCAGCUCCUGCUACAGUUUCAUUUUUGCUUCGCAAUCGGCGCAACCAUAACGAAGACAUGUUGGGAGAAGGUUUAACUUCCAGAAUCGGUAUACACAUUCCGUCACCUACGAAUAUGGUUUAUUCACCCACUCGUUCCCGCUGGCUGAUGGCCAUCAGAGACUGCCUCAUCGGCGAUGAGGUGGAGGCGAACCGCGAGGACGAGGACAUCACAUGUCGCAGUCGCUAUGCCGCUGACUUGGAGAAUAUGUGCAACGGGCAGCCUCUCGCUCCCGAGGUGGAAGACGGUUAUCCAGAGGAUAAGAAGAUUGAAGUCGUUCCCUUUGAGUCAUACUUACUGACAACUAGCGAGAUCAUAGCCCAGAUGCUGGCCAGGGUUGGGGAGAAGGACGAUGCCGAGGUGAAGGAGGCACCAGAACUUGCUCCUGAAGAAAACAACUCCAAGUCUUAAUUCAAGGUUUUAGUUCAAAUAGUAGUUUAUAUCCGAGUCCUAGUUUACUUUUAAUUUCAUUAGCUUAGUUUCGCGCCAGCUUCAGUCAGUUUUAGGCCCAUUUCGAGAUCCAUUCUAUAUCAGCUAAUUAUGGUCCUUUCGGGUUCCUUUUAAAAAUCGUGACGCUUGGAU